AUUUUUGUAUUCCUACCAGCAUGGUAUCCGAUGUCGCCGCAAACGACGACUGCAAAGGAGUGACUGAGUUGAGGAACAAAGUUUUUGUCAAGAACCUCAGCAGUACUACUACGGAUGAGGAUUUAAUUAAAUUUUUCGAAGCUCUGGCGCCUUUGAAGAAGUGCUAUGUGAUAAAAGGACAAGAUGGGUUAUGUCGAGGAUAUGGCUAUGCCCAAUUUGUUUUUGAAGAAGACGCGAAAAACGUGAUUGAGAAACUCAACAAAGCUGUUUUGAAUAAUCAAGUAGUUGAUAUUGAAUAUUACAAACGUAAAGAAAAAAACAUUGGUUUUAGUUCUAGAGAUAAGUCUGAAAAAAAUCGAAGCGCUGAUGCCAAGAGCGAGCCUGAAAAAUGCCGGAACCUUGAUUUUAAGGAUGAGCUUGAAGAAGACCGAAACCUUGAUUCCAAGGAUGUGCCUGAAAAAUAUCGAAGCGCUGAUUCUAAGGAUGUUCGUUUGAGCAAGGUGCCCAAAACUAAGGUUGAUAGGGGCCGCGCGGCCGCAUCGAAAAAGACAAACUCUAAAUUAUUGCGUAAGGCAAUAUCUUACAAACUUCGAGAUAAAAAAACAUCUAAAUCCGUCUUGAUACCUUCUAGAGAAUCUGACCAGAUGAGGAUAAAUGUCAAGAGGUUGAGCGUCGCAAAUAGAACGGUAGCGAUUUCCAAUCUUCCCAAGCAUUUGACGUUUGAUCAAAUUUCACAAGUGAAAAAAAUAGAUGGCUUUCAGGCACUUGAAUUUCCUUUGGAAGAUGAUCCGCAUGCUGCCUAUGUACUCUUUUCGAGCGUCAACAAGGCAGCCUUAGGUUUAAUCGAGAUUCGCAAUGCGGCUGAUAGUCUGUUUAAUUGUUCAAAGUUAGAGAUUGACGCUCGUUUGUAUUCAAUGGCUCGUAUCAAGCAGUAUACAGUGAUAGUGAGAAAUCUACCGUAUGAAUGUACCAAGGAGUUGCUUGUGAAAACUUUCGAGGUGUUUGGCAAGAUUUUCGAAGCGUCCGUUCCUCUCAACCCUUCUACCGAGCGCAAUAGAGGUUUUGGGUUCGUCACCUUCUCAGAUGCGUUCAGCGUUGACAGAGCGAUUGCAGGCAGUGCCCAAUUACAAAUUUUAGAUAGGAAGGUCGAAGUGAGUCGUACGGUGAAGCAUCGCAAACUGAAAGAGGAACAGGCCGAUCAGAGCAAGAGCACUGAAGGCAGCUCUGAAGAUGAUGAUGACUACGAAUCUACCGAGGAAGAAGGCGAUACGUCCGAUGAGUUUGAUGAUGGAGACAACGAGAAAAAAUUUGUAGAUGUUGGUGCCGCCUUCGACAAAGAUAAACAAGCUGAACACAAACAUUUACCUUCCAGAGACUCGGGUACAAUUCGACGAAAGGAGCAUUCUGGGAAAGGAUUUCUUGGCGACGCAUCCCUCGGAAAAACCCUUUUUUUGAGAAACAUCGCACUAGAUACUACUGAGGAAGAAAUUCGCCAAAGGUUUUCAGAAUGGGGCCCUAUCGUUUAUGUCAAAUUUGUGAAGGACCGAGAAACGGGCGACUUUGUGGGCACCGGUUUUGUGCAAUUCGUUCAUGCCAAAGAUGCGCAGAAGUGCAUCGACGACGCCUAUCUCGGCUACAAACUCAUCGAAGAAAGCCUAGCGAUUCGCAAAAAACUGCAGAUGCGUGGCGUUAAUACACAGAAGGAGAGUGACGUCGUGGUCAAUGGGCGUCACCUGGUUAUUGACAUGGCUGUUACUCGAGAGAACACCUGUAAAUUUAAGGCGGAGCCUAAGGUCAGCGACAGUCGAAACUUGUCUUUGGCGAAGUACAGCGUCCUAUCUUCAGAGGAGGUCAAGGAAUUGACUAAAGCAGAACGGUUGAAAUACGAACAUUCUCAGCAUGAAAAAAAACAGAAACUGUCAAAUCCGAAUUUUCAUGUUUCUAAAACACGUUUGUGCGUUAGAAACUUGCCCAAGUCAUUUGAUGAAAAAAAGUUGAAACUUGUCUUUAGAAACGCGGCAACGCUUCCUACUCUGCCUCCACCCAGGUUUCACCAAGUGAAGAUCGUACGCAAUAAGCUCGAAGGAAACAAAAGCCGGGGGUAUGGCUUCGUCGAAUUCAUGAACCAUGCCCACGCAAAAGCAGCUCUAUUGGCUUUGCAUAAUAAAACUUGCGCUGAAGCGAACGGCAAUCGGUUGUUUGUUGAAUUCGCAAUUGAAAAUAUGAGGGUACUUUUUAGUAGAAAACUGCAGCUAGCAAGACAAAAGGAGUUCAAAAAACCAGCGGACUCGAACGGUGACUCAUCGAAUACGCCCGAGACCGAAGUCCUGGCAAAAGGAAGAGGCCGGCCACUAUCAAAAAAACGCAAGAGGGGGGAAACACAGAAGACGAAUUACAAUAAAGACGACUUUGACGACGCUUCAACUAAGCGUGCAAAAAGAGUAAAGCAGAAUUCCUCCUCAAUAAAGCCUUCAAAAACCGUCCUUUCCAAAGAUCAUAUCUCGAGCAACAGAGGCAGCAAGAGCGUUGAGGCCAAGAAAAAACUGACGAAACAGGCGAUGCGGUUACUCGCAAAGCGCCGAUUUCUAAAUCAGGUCAGAAAAAGAAACAAGAAGGUGCUCUGAAUCUGCUCGAACAAGCCAUCAGAACGUAUACAAAAUUAAAAAAAAUACAAAAAAUGCCAAACGUCAA